UACGUACGUUUUACUUUUGCCGCCUCAUGCUUUGGUGAGCCGCCAACCAAGCAGUCAGUCAGCUCCACAGCUACCACCAGCAGCUAAUACUUUUGUAUGUCAUGCUGUUUUCGGUAUCAACUAAAUACAAUAAAUAAAAAAGAUUUAUAUUAAAAACAACGUUGACUUGCUAUAACGAAGGGAGCCACAUCAAAGCCGACGUGAGUGAGUACUCACUCGUUUACGUUAACUUCGAUGCUGACUGUGACGAUAGCGUUGUGUAGUAAGUAGUGCCAAUGAGGAAAAACGUAUACAUCAUCAUCGAGAGCAGCAUUAGUAGCAGCGGCCGAGCAGUAAUAGCAGCAGCCGAGCAGCAUAGCGUAACGUAGAAGUGGUUUGUUGUUUCUGCUUGUGUAGCGACAGUUCAGUCAGUCAGUGGUCGUAUGUUGAGAACGCAUGUAGUGUGGCGAAAUAUUAAACGGAAGGAAAUGAUUUUUAGUCGGUUGAAAAUUCCGUUAAAAAUCUGUAACGCUUUAAAUAAACGAAAUUCUUCGGUGAAUAAAGAAUUUGUAGCAUUAAGUGUAAUAAAAAUGUUUAAGGAAUAAAAUUUAAGUAAAAUAAUAAAAAAAAAUUAAAGAGUGAAUUGCGGUUCCCUGCUCUUUAGUGCAUGAAAUUUUAUAUAAAAGUUAUUGAUAAUUUUGGUUAAUGAAAAACAAAAUAACAAAAAUUUGUGAAGAAAAUAACGCUAAACUAAAUGUGUUUGGCCGGAUGUAAUUUCCAUAACAACUGAAUUUCCUGUGUCUGCCAUUCGAUUUCUUGGCGUUCGUAUCAGUAGUUCGUACAUAGAUUUUUUUUCUGUUUCUUCGUCAACAACGCGGCGUGACAAGAACGUGUAGAAAUAAAUCAACAAAAACAAAUGCGAAAUUGGAACGUGAAGUAGAUGUGAGGUGUGCAAAGAAAAUUUGUUUACAAAAGAAAACAAAAAAAUGCUGGUAAAGCAAAAGUAAUAUUGUAAAAAGUAUAGGUUUCGUGAAAAACCAUUUUAAAUUGGUAAAAAAUAUAUGAAUCUAUAUACAUACAUACGAGUAUAUGAAUGUGUAAACUGUUUAAAGUAAACAGUAUCUUUUAUUGUUAAACUAAACGUGUGGAGAAAGUGUGUAAUGUUGUAAAAUUACUUACCGACACUGAAAAUGUCAGUAGAAUGUUGGCGAAAGCAGUAAAAGCAGCUGUAAAGCGGAAAGGGAAUACUCACGUGUGUGUUUUAAGUGACACAGUAAAAUCGUAGUGGAAGUGAUGGUUGUGGUGGUGGAAAAGUGUCUACUCAGAAACCUGUCGAUCGUUGCGAUAUACUAAACGUAGUGCAAAGCGGUCUUGCAGAAAUACACAAAGUGAGUGAAGUCCAUGCCGUGUAUUUAUAUAUCUACAUAUGUACAUAUGUACAGCCGCUUAGGCAUACCAUCUUUUAUUUAACUGCCUGUGUAUCGUCCUUUUCGGCAUCCUCUUCAUCACCAAAAUCUUUAUUGUCUUACCUGCCAGGCAUCAUAUGUAUGGAUAGUAAACGGCAACUCAAUUGCAAACUAAACCUUAGCGCGUUGUAAAAUUAUACGCUUGCAAAGUGUGGUGUUAGUGUCAGUAAAUGCUUGUAAAGUUGCUGGAGUAUAAUAAAAUGAAAUGUUUUUAGUAAAGGAAAAAAAAAUUUAGAAAAAUUAAUUUUGAUAUUGGCCACUGUGAAUGAAACAAAAUUGUUGCAAACUACAUACAGCAGAAAUUUAAAAAUUUAAGCAGCAGCAAGGUAAAUUAAAAAAAAAUCUAUUUAUCUAUCAAUAACACAACAACAGUAAGCAAAAUCAUUAUCCACAAAGUGUAAUACGUACCUGCGUUUAUACGUAUGUAUGUAUGUAUUGUAUUAUAUAUGUAUGUACAUAUAUGUAUGUUGCUACUGCAUGUUUGCGGUUGUCGUAAAUCACGCAAACCAAUAGUAGUGUAGAUUGCAUUGCAUACAAAAAAGCAAGUGAAAUAGAAUCUGGAAAAUAACAAAAAAGUAUAUAUAUAUACGUAUAUACAUAUAUCAAAACAAAGUGAAAAUUAAAUUAAAAAGAAAAUACCGGCUUCAAUCAGUCGGUUGUCAGUCAGUGAGUCAAUAAAAAAAAAGAGAAAAAGGUAAAUAAAACGUUGGUAACAUAACCAACCAACAACAGUGAAAUAAAUACUCGUAAAGUCAACAAUUUUGUGCGCGUUCAACAUGGCGGGAAAUAUAGUCAAAUGGUGGAAGCAUAAAAUACUUGGCGGCUAUAAACAAUUCUCAGUUCAAGAAUGCACCACCGACUCCGAGGAGCUCAUGUACCAUCAGGUGCGCGCCUCAUCUUCCUGCAGUGCACCACCCGAUUUACUUAUGGUGAGUGAACGCGAAAACAACAUACCGUUACGUUCGCCUGUAGUCAAUAUAAUUACCACACAAACAACAACAACGGCUGCCUCAGCGCAUAAUCAUCAUCAUCAUCAUGGUAGUAGUAGUGGUGCCGCUGUUGGUAGCAGCAGUGUACAAAAACAUCAUCAUCAGUCUGCUGCUGGGCAACAACAACAACAGCAGCAGCAACAACAGCAACAGACAACACACAAAGAACAACAUGGUACAAAGGACGGUAGCGGUGGUAAGCACCAUCUGAAAUUGAGCAGCAAAAGUGCUGCAGGUAAAUACAUAAAUACACAGCAACAGUUGGCCGUUAGUAGCCAACAGCAGCCGCAACAACAACAGGAUGAGAUUGAUGGCCAACAACAGACAUCGCAUCAGCGGCACUCUUCACAUGCGCAUGGCAAGGAGGAGCGCAUUCGUUUGGAGGAGUUUACUUGCGACGUUUCCGUUGAGGGUGGCAAAUCCACACAGCCGCUGCAGUUCUCCUUCACAUUCUACGACCUCGAUGGCCAUCAUGGUAAAAUCACAAAGGAUGACAUUGUCGGCAUCGUCUAUACCAUAUACGAAUCGAUCGGCAAGUCUGUGGUGGUGCCGCAUUGCGGCAGCAAAACAAUCAACGUCCGCCUCACUGUCAGCCCAGAGGGCAAAUCAAAAUCAGCCGCAGCCGCAGCCGCUGCCACCGCUGCAACCGGUGCCGGUGGUGGUAAGUUGAAAAAAAUGUCAGCGCAGGGCGCUGGUGGCAUAUUGGAGGCAACGACGACAAAGUCAAAUGCCGUUCAUGGCCAUGGACAUACACGUCGCCAGCAUCGCUAUCGACCGCGCAAACUAAUUAAAUCAGAUGAUGAGGACGAUGACAGUAACAGUGAUAAGGAAAAGGAAGCGAAAUCUGCAGCGGCGGCAGUGGCUGUUGCGGCGUCGAGCGGUAGCGCUGUCAAUAGCGCGAGUGCGGCGGCAGCGGUGGCUGUUGGCGGCAAAUCAAAAAGUCAUUCCAGCGGCGGUAAAUACAAUAAGAUGAAAGCUUCAGCUGCUGGUGAACAACAGCAAAUGUGGUAUCAGCAGCAGCAACAGGAAACAGGAAAUGCGCCAGAGCAACAAACGCCAUCAACGCACAUUGAUGCCUCCGCUGUAAGCUAUCCCCACGAGAAUCUCUACGAGAAUAUGUCCGCAACGCAGCUCAAAUGCUGCACAAAGGAAACACUAUUGAAAAUCGAAGACUGUCGCGGCUGUGAGACGGCAGUCGUGAGUAGUACGCCGAUCACCGCCGCCGCCGCUGGUUAUGGACGCGCACCGACGGAUGUCUACAUGCGACAGGCGUCAACGCGUGUCAAAAUGCUACGCAAGGCGCGAAAACAGAAGUUUCAGGACCAGUGCCAUGAAACACGUCAGCGCAGCCUGUCGGCGGGUAGUGAGGCAUGUUGGUAUAAUCGACAUAUGCAACAACAACAACAACAACAACAGCAGCAGCAGCAGCAGCAACAGCAAGGUAAAUUGGAGCAAACUCAACAGCAGCCGCAACAGCAACAACAACAGCAAUUAGGCGAUGUUGUCGAAGGCGUUCAACUACGUAAUCCACAGAGAAGUCAUACGGGCAAUGCCGCCGGCUCAGUCGCUUUGGCGCAACGUCAACGAAAUUCCGCUGAAUGCUGGAAGACUGCAUUGAAUCGCAACGAAUUGAUGAGCAUUAUACGAGAGAGUAUGGAGAAGAAUCGUUUGUGUUUUCAGAUGAGCGGAAAACCUCAAGCAAAUGUGAGUCCCAUAAGGCAACCACAACUUCAACAUCAACAGCCUCACAGUCAGCAUCAGCAGCAGCAGCAGCAGCAGCAACAACAUCGCCAGCGCUCAAAUACGGUGUCGAAAAUACCGACCUUAAUUGUGAAUCACAACAACAGUUGCAUUUUGCCCAAUACCAACAACAACAAUACGCCGCACAGUACCAACAACCACAACAGCAGCAGCAACAACAACCAUCACCAUCAUCAUCACCAUCACAGCCACCACAGCCAGCACAGCAACAACAGCCACAGCAGCAGUCACAGUCACAGUCACAGCAACAACAGUCACAGUCACAGUCACAGUCACAGCAACAGCAGCAAUCACACGAACAACAACAGCAGCGAACUAAAUUUACACGACAUCAGCACCACCAACAACUCCACCAGCCAAUACCAUCCACAACCGCACAUACCCAUUUACCACCAACAAAUGGCCAUUAAUCCUGCUGUUUUGGCCGCCCAAAGUGGCAUGCAACAUGGCACGCAUAGCAAAAUGAAUUUGUGCGGCUACGAUUCCUUUUUGCAUGCAACCAUUUGUGGUGGCGGCACAAGUCAUUCGCCACCACCGCCGCCGCCGCCACCAGCAAUGGCAACAGCGCAGCCUGUGGCGGCGAUGACCAGUCACAAUCUGUAUACUAACAUACAACAACAACAACAACAACAACAACAGCAACUAAUUGCAACAGUACAACCCAUAAUGACAGCAGUUCCUAGCAGCCAGAGUACGCCGGCAAAGGUCUUCCUCAACUCCACCACACACCAGAUCAAAACGAGCAAAAUACUGCGUAGCGGCUCAUACUCACAACAACAACAACAACAGCAGCAGCAACAGAGCCUAACUACACAUAAUUCGCCACAAUACCAUGGCUAUCAGCGUCUUUCAUCAUCGAACGCCCAUCACAGCCACAGCCCGCACCAUAUACAGCAACUGCAUCAGCAAUGCGCUAACAAGCUCGCCGCUUUAAAUCUCACCGGCGCGCAAUUGGAGCGCACGCCACCCGUGGAAAAUGUCGAAAAAUGGCUGAAACACAACGGCAGCGGCGGUGGCAGGCAAGAGCGUAAAGCCAGCGGCGCCACAAAAUACGCAGACAAUGCCAUUUAUGCUAAACUGAGUGAAAAACUGCAGGAGAGCGCUUUGAGCACGCAUAAUCAACGUCGCAAACACAAAUCAGCGCAUAAGACGCGUACGCCAGUUACGCGAAAAGUGGCAACAGCGACGGAGAAGAAAACGUUCAGCACAGCGAACGGUGUGCACUCGAGCAGCUCGAAUACGAGCAUAGGCACUUAUGCGGCGCUCAUACCGAUACAUGGUGAUCCGGCCGAGUGCGAAAAUCUCAUUGCGCCCACCACCACCGACGAUGAGGCGAUCAACGAAGCGCCAAGUGCAUUGUUGUUUGGUGCAUGUCAAAUGGAUCUACCAAAAACAGCAGUAACUUCAACGCCAAUUAAGAACACAACAGGCAGUUCAGCAUCGGAGGCAAUGGACGAAGAGCGCAACGUUAUGGCCUCCGCGAAUUUGUUGGAUUUAAGCGAUGCGGCAGCUGUUGAAGCUGAAGCUGAGAAGAUGACGCCGGAAGUGGAUCUCGAUUUGACGCUACGUGCUGAUGAAGUAACGGCAGGUGUUGACCAGAUAGGUCCGGCUGUGGAUGUGGGUGCGCAAGGUGAAGUGGAGGAGGAAGAUGAUGACGAAGAGGAAGCAGGAGAGAGUGCAAGUGCAGCGAAUACGAGCGGCAGUGGUUCAUCGCUGAUACAUCGCUACGUGCAUGAGCAUAUACAUCAUCACUAUCAUCAUUUUGAGGAAAAAGACGAAUAAAUAGCAUUAAUAGAAAUAUGUAUACUAAAAACACAAACAAUAUACAUACAUAUAUACACAUGUAUAUGAGAUUAGGUUCAAUUAAUGGACCAAGUGUUAGACUAAAAUUGUAUAGGGAAUUUCUUAGUAGUAUUAUAAUUGAAAUACACAAACAAACAAACAAACAAGCACACACACAAAUACACGAACACAAACAAACAAAAGAAUUUAAGUGUUGCUUAGCUGUUAUGUAACUUGUAUGUACAUCUUUAUUUGUUUUUAAGUAAUUUUUUUAGCGAAUUUUCGGCAGCGAGCCAACAUUUCAGCUGCUCAUUACAAAGCUUAUGCGCCUAAAAGUAUGCUAUUAAUGUUGUUGCUUAGUGUAGUAAUUAACAGGGGAAGGAGAACAUAGAAAUGAAGUAUGUAUGUAUAAGAAAAAAAAGUUUAAUUGAAUGAAAAGAAAUGAAAAGAAAAUGUAAAAAUAAAUUAUAAAUUCUACAUAUAAUAAUUGGGCAGUGGAGGUGUCGUUCGCCUGCAGGUAUUUGCAAAUGUAAAGGCGUUCGAUUGAGUAAUACGAAAAUUUUUUCAAUUUGUAAUAUUUCAAUUCACUCCAUCAUAACAUAACAUUUUUAUUUCUUUAAUUAAUUUUGACAAAUUUUUUAAUCCAAAAAUACUGCGUGGCUAUUAUACAAGCGCCAGUCCUAGACUUAUAAUAAUUCAAUGUGAAUUUUUUUUAUACAUCAAAAUUUUCACAUGAAACUAAAUUUUCCGUCUAAAAAUCGUCUCAGUAAAGCAAAUUUCCAUAUCUUUUUUAUGUGGCUUUUGAGCCUUUAAAUUUGGCAAGUUUAGACUGUUGAUUUGAAGAAAUCUGUAAACUGCUCAACAAAACUCCUUUUUCAAUUUCCAAAGCAGCUGUGGAAUGCAACUCCCACAACAUUCUAUGAAAUUGCUAGCCUGAAUCUGGUAUUAUGAGCAGCGCUCGAUCUUCGUCUGCAUUCGAAAGUGACGCUCAAAUGAUUUUUGCUUUGGUAUUCUGUAAGCGCUUUCGAUGAAGAGUAACAAAAUAAAUAAUUUCUUUUGACUAAUACAAUUUUUUACAAAUUGAGGAAAUUUAAAUAAUGAAAAACAAAAUAAAUUAAGGAAAUAUGUUUGAAUAUGGUACUUGAAAAUGGUUACGACGCAGUUGUGACUUGUAGAUUUUUGACUAGAAGAUGAGGUUUUAAUCGUAUAGAAGCCUACAAAUCCUCCACUUUCAACGUCUGAACUUUGAAAUAAACCUUUUUUGAAAAGUAAUGAAAAAAUUCCUCAAUGCCCAUAUUGUAUGACACCAUUGCCCAGAUUUAAUAUAACUUACAUACAUAUAAAUCAAACGAAAAUUAUUUAUUUCACAAGACAU